AUGCAGUGUUCUGUUUCUUCUGAAUUUGAAGAUGAUAGUUUAAAUGUUUCUUUUCAAGAUGGGUUAGUUGAUUGGGUGAAUGAGUACUCAAUUGAGCAAAAUGCUGUUGAUGGUUUGCUUGCUCUUCCUAAGGAUAAUGGUCAUCCAAAUUUGCCUAUAUACUUUUCUUUUGGUGAACAAUUGUUAAAGCACUUUCACAAGCAUCCUUGUGAAACAGUUAAGAACAUUAAUCAUCUUGAAAUCUCUUUAAAACUUGAUGGGCUUUCUUUGCUUAAAAGUUCUCCAAAAAAUGUAUCGCCAGUGUUGUUUGGCAUUUUGACUAUCAAACCUGUUGUAGUGUUUCCUAUUGUCCGAACAUGUGGUGACUCCAAGCCAAAAGACUUGGAGUUUUUGGAUGAGUUUAUAGAAGAUUUCAAGGGUAUUCUAGAGAGGGGAGUCCAAGAUGGGGAAAAGGUUCUGACUGUUACAGUAAGGAGCAUUGUUUGUGAUGCUCCUGCAAGAGUACUUGUUAAAGAAAGCAGAUACAAGAAGAACAUCAUCGCUUUAUUAGCCCUUUCUGUCACUCGCCUGUUGAUAUGGUAAAACAAUUUCCAAUUGACUACAUGUAUCAACUGUGUCUGGGUGUUAUGUGUAAAUUGAUUAAGGU